UUUAAUGACCAUAUAAUUGGGUAUUAAAAUAAUGACUCUGCUUUCUUAUUAAAAAAACAGAGCUGCCGAGCAUGAACAUCUUGUUGGAAUACUUGAUGAUGCUACCAAUGGACCAACAGAUCAAAAGCGAAUGCCUGUUUACAACAAAGAAAUGAGUGACAGUGUUGCCAGUUCUUCUACAGAUGACCAUCAAGAGGUAGAAGCAGUAAAUGGCAGCAACAUGGCUGGAGUCCACCUUCAUGCAGAUAAUGCACUCUGUGACGAAGAGCAAAAUUCAACUACAGCGGAGGACAUUGAUGUUAAUAGUGCAACUACUGUCAGCAUAAAUGAUAAUACCUGCACCUCAUGUAUGACAACAGAAAAUGCAAAUGAGGACAGUACUGUCAACAGCCAGAAUCAUCACAUUGUAACACAAGACCAAGGUGCACUUUUAAUGCAAGCUCUUCAACAGAAACAUGGCUUAACAUUUUCUGCUGUUGAAGACAUAGCAGCACUAAUAAACACUUUAAAUGGAAGCAACAUUGUCCCUGCAUCCAAGUUCCUGUUAAGCAAGCCUUUCAAAAAACAAGACAUUGAAACACACUAUUUCUGUGCUGAUUGCUUUACCUAUAUUGGUAAAACUGAUUCCGACAUGUGCAGCUGCAGUUUUUGUGGUUCCAUGUAUAGCUGCAACUAUAAUAAAUUAAAUUAAGCAUAUUUCAUGUACAUGCCGAUUAAGACACAAUUGCAGACCAUGUUAGAGAACACUGAUUUGUACGAUAUUAUCUGUGCAACCCGUGAAACCAACAGCAAUGGUUUCAUAAAGGACAUAACAGACGGCAAAUACCGCUCAAUUACAGAAAACAUCCAAGGUAGUUUUCUAACACUUUCAUUCAAUUGUGACGGUGUCCCAGUUUUCAAGUCAUCUAAGUCCAGUAUGUGGCCUACUUUGUUUGUCAUUAAUGAAGUACCCCUGUCAGUCCGUAAAAGUAAUGUUUUAAUGGCUUCCCUGUGGUUUGGUCGGUCUGAUAAGCCACCAAUGAGUGUUCUCCUUACACCAUUUGUCAAUGAAGUAAAAACGUUAUCAAGAGAUGGAUUUUAUUGGAAAUAUAAUGGUGAAACCAUGUUAAUGAAAGUGUUUGCACUAUUGUUCAUAUCUGAUGCUGUUGCCCGCCCCUUAGUCCAAAAAUUUAACCAAUUUAAUGGUGCUUAUGGGUGUGGUUUCUGUUUGCAAGAAGGUAAAGUUGUAGAAAGAGGAAGGGGCACUGCACGGGUUUAUAAAUUUGAGCAACCACUUCUAAGACAGGCACAGGAAACUCUUCAGCAUGCAGAGAUGGCUAUACAUCAAGGCAAACCAGUAUUUGGUGUAAAAGGUGUCUCACUUUUGUUUGACUUGCCCUAUUUCAAUGUUAUUGACUGUGUGGUACCAGAGUACAUGCAUUGUGUACUUUUAGGGGUUGCAAGGCAACUAGCAACGCUCUGGUUCGAUACCAAGUUCCAUACCAAAGACUUCUACUUGGGGAUGCAGCGUAAUGAAAUAAAUCGUCGUUUGUUGCAGAUACAACCUCCAUGCAAUUUUGCCCGUGUACCACGAUCUAUAGAUGUGCGCAAGUUUUGGAAGGCACAUGAGUGGCUUGCAUGGUUGGUAUACUAUAGUGUACCUGUUCUGUGGGCACUAAUGCAUGAACAAUAUUUUGUGAAUUGGUGCAGGCUUGUUGGGGCAAUUGGAUUGCUUUCCAGUGAGUGUGUAAGUACUGAGGAUUUAGCCAGUGCACAACAAAUGUUGGAAAAGUUUGUUUCUGACAUGGAACCACUCUACGGUCUUGAGCAUGUUUCUUUCAACAUACACUCUUGUGUUCAUAUGACUCAGGCUGUAACAAAUUGGGGUCCACUAUGGGCACAGUCUGCAUUUCAGUUUGAAGCAUUCAAUGGUGUACUGUUACGAUUGAUUAAAAGCUCAAAUGCUGUUGUCAUGCAGAUAUGCAAUUCAUAUCUGAAAAUCCGAAAUAUGCCUCUUUAUGAGAAAGAAAUCAUGCAUACUGCUAUCACACCCAUUAACAAAUUGUAUUCAGCCAUGAAAGACAACAGCAAAGAAGUGUGUUACUUGGAAGAUUCAGUCCAAGCUCUUGGUCCUUGCAAAACACAUCCAGUGAGUCGAUCACAUUUUAUUGCUUUGCACAGUGUUUUAGAAGUUGUCAAACAAAAUAUGAUCGCAAGAUACUACAAUUGUGUGGCAGUAAACAAAAAAGUUUUCCAUGCAAGCUCAAACAAGCGAAUAACUUUGAGGAAUAGUAACACAGCAAUUUUAAAUACUGGAGAUUUCUUCACUGUUGAAUCCUAUCUUGUGCUUGAUAAUUCGAGUACUUGUUUUGCAAUUGGCAGGUUUCUGACAAUUGUUAGUGACCAUGCUGCUAUUUGCAGGGAUAGAGAAGUAAAACUGGGGCAUUUAGUUCUCGUGAAUAUAGUUCCUGGCCAUCUUGUCGCAAUACCAGCUUCAUCCCUCAAGAAUAAAUGUGUGUUUAUUAAAACAACAAAUGCGCACUAUGCUGUAGUGGGCUUGCCAACAAAUCCGUAUGACUUAAAUGGCUGAUGUCCGAAUAUAAGAGAAGAACCACACUCUCUUUUAUUUAGAUUUAUUGCAUGUUAGGCUGUGGCAUGCCUUUGGAGCUGGCACCUAAUAAGCAGACAAUAUCCUUGAACUGUAAAGGUUCUCAUUCAUCCAGGUCAUGGUAUAUCUGUAAAAAAAUAAAUCAAGGCAACUGGACUUGCUGUAUUUUUCAUGAAGACAGUUUUCUAAUCAUCCAACACGCUUUCUCAAUUCAAUAUCACUUGUACAUACAUUCUCUGGGAAUUGGAAAGUGAAUGUGAGCUUUGCAUUUGUAUUAGCUUUGUAUUAAAUGUUAUGAUCUGUUUGAAAUCUUAAAAUAAAAUAUUUUAUUUGAA